GUCCCAUUAGAUUCGAAAGGCGUCGUCGAAAACCUUGAUCCAUUGUUCCGUUGAACGUCCAUGCGCAUCAGGAAGCGAAGCCUCGACUUGGCCGACGGAAGCAUCUUCCAGCGCCAUCAUGAGUCCGUCAAUGUAGAAGGACGCCGCGGACUCUUCAAUGACAUCUACAUCUCGUUCAUCCCCCAUGCCACCGAGAACGUUGUGUUCUUCCCCGGCGACGUCCAGCACUUUGACCACGUGAUGCGGCGUGGUGCGUUCAAGUCAUUCGCUGCAUACUCGUACGAAUCCAUGUGCGCACACUACGUGCGGCGAUUCCCGCAUGCAAAUGUAUGGAUCGUGAAACCUCGCACGCACGCCAAAGGGGUCAGCUGCUAUGACAACUUUGUCGACAACACGGACGGCGAACCUUCCACAUAUUCCACGGACGGAUCGGCGUUUCUCCAUCUCCAACUGCUCCUCGAACACACGACCGCGCUGUUCCUCGACGCAGGCCGCCAACUCGCAUGGGACCUACCGCUGCAUCUGCUGGGGUUUAGCCGCGGAGCUAUCGUACUCAACCAGCUCAUCACGGAACUCGGGUCGUUGCUACAUUUGUCGCCUUCCCCCACCCACGUCGAUGCUACGUUGACAGAUGUCAAGUCCGGGUCCAUCUCUGCCUUCUUUGAGCGCGUGGACACCAUCGAAUGGCUCGAUGGCGGAUGCAACGUCGAGGGCCUGACGUUCCCUACCGACGAGUCGGCGUUGGUGCUACUCAAUGCAUUCCAACACAUUCAACUGCGAGUGUUUGCCACGCCGUACCAUGUGAAGGCGUCGGGUCGACCGUGGUACGCCAACGACGUGGCCGCGUUUCAAGCCACGUGUCCCCACGUCCAUCUGAUCCUGUACGACCCUCUCACGCGACUCAGAAUCAGAUGGGGGGACAAACUGAGUCUGUCUAGGUGCUUUAUGGACGACCCACCGUCGCUGGAAAACCAUUUUGACGUGCUCUUUGUCCCGUAGUCGAUCUCGUGGACAUAUCCGCAUUUGAUGAGGAUGCAAAUAUAGCCACCCAUCAUGGUACAGACACAAUGGGAGGGAGUCCGUCGGAACCCCCUGGUGCCCCAAGUGACUGAGCAAUCCAUAGUGACACCUGUAUCGAUAUGAGUUAGAUUUUAUGCAGGGAAUUCAAUAUAUCGAUGGUGAAUCCCCAUCUAACCAAGAAGACUGUGGGCCAAAAACUAUAUGCAAA